AUGCGACUUUUCUUCUACUUUCUUGUUCUUUGCAACGUCAUCUCCACCCUACUAGCCUAUGAUGUUCGAGAUUUUGAGAAUCUCCGACAGAACACUAUUCGAAAUAUUGCGAGUCUAGAGAAUAUUCUCGAACAUAGAAUUGCUGGAGCUCAUCGACAUCAUAAAAUCCCAAAGAGUCGACGCAUCGGUGGCAAUAUUGUAAUGGGUUAA